ACGCCAGCCGUGCUGCAAAAGGUGAAACUCUCGUGCCCAGGCGUGCUGGACAGGAUGCUGACUGGACGCUGGGAACUUAAGAACCACUCGGCCAAAGAACUGGAAGAGGUGGAGAUAUUCAUGAGCAGAACGAGGGCGUACCACAAGCUGCCUCCAACUCUACAACGCGAGGAUAAGAAAUGUGGUAGGUCAGGUGGUCACUGUAUGAAUAUUUAUUAUAAUCAAACUUUACUAUGAGGCUUUGUUGGAAUUUCAGUUUAUAUUUAAAUAAAAAUGGGAAUAAUAAUGCUGUUGUUAAAUUCCAUUGCGAAGUAUUUAUUAUCUGAAACUGAUACAUUUUAAUAGUUAAACGCCAACAAAAAAGGUAAUUAAAAUUUGACAAUUAUGAAGAUGUUUAUGUUCCUCUUAUUUUAAUAUCAGUUUUUUUUUUCCUCCAGGCAAUGUAAAUUUCCCCGGCAAGGAAUGGCAUAGAGCAGUAUGUAACCCUAAAGGCGACACCCCGUGCUGUAUGAAUAACGUUUGUGUCAAUAAAUCUGUCCAAGAGUGUCAAUGUCCAGAAUGCCAUGACAUGAGACACCAGAUCCAUGCUGAGUUUGCCACCUGGGUACCUGCGGACCCUACCUGUAAGGUGAGUCAG